UAUUGAAGAUUUCUGAUUGCUUUCGACGGAAUGCCACUUGAAUUCGAGAUAGCCCCUGGGAGGUGGAUCGGCGGUGACCAUCCUUGCUUUUUUAUUGCGGAGAUCGGUCAGAACCACCAGGGAGAUAUCAAUAUCGCCAAGCAAAUGAUUCGUCUCGUCAAAUCUGCUGGUGCAGACUGUGCGAAGUUUCAGAAGAGUGAACUCGAAUAUAAGUUUAACAAAGCGGCGCUGGCGAGGCCCUACAUAAGCCCGCAUUCUUGGGGUAAGACAUACGGGGAACACAAGAAACAUCUAGAGUUUAGUCAAUCGCAGUUCCAUGAGCUGAAGAAAUAUGCUGAAGAAGAAGUGGGUAUUAUUUUUUCUGCGUCAGGAAUGGACCAGGCAGCUGCUGAUUUCUUGUUGGAUGAUCUUCGAGUUCCUUUCUUGAAAGUGGGAUCCGGUGAUACUAACAAUCUUCCAUUUCUGGAGCGUGCAGCUAAAAAGAAACGUCCAAUGGUCAUUUCAUCAGGUAUGCAAACCAUGGAUACCAUGAGGCAAGUCUAUCAAACAGUCAAGCCAUUAAAUCCAAAUUUUGCUUUGCUUCAGUGUACCAGUGCGUAUCCACUUGAUCCUGCUGAUGUGCACCUCAGAUGUAUUACGGCAUACCAGAAGGAGUUUCCAGACGUUCCUAUUGGCUACUCGGGACAUGAAAGUGGUCUAACAAUUUCUGUGGCAGCUGUUGCUGUUGGUGCAAAACUAGUUGAACGACAUAUCACAAUGGACAAGACAUGGAAGGGAAAUGAUCAUGCUGCCUCGCUCGAUAUGAGUGAGCUAGCAGAAUUAAUCAAACAAAUUCGAAUUGUUGAGACUGCUCUUGGUACUCCAUUAAAGGAAAUGAGAGCCAGUGAAAUAGCUUGUCACAACAAGUUGGGGAAGAGUGUGGUAGCAGCAACACAUGUCCCUUCAGGGACAACAUUGAGUAUGGAUAUGCUUGCAAUUAAGGUUGCUGAGCCCAUCGGUUUUCCGCCUCAAAGGAUUUACGAGCUGAUAGGGCGAACAACCAAGCAAGAAGUAGGGGAUGACGAAACAAUGCUGGAAGAGUACUUAGCAUGACAAUUUGUUAUAUACUAUAUUAAUUAAUGGUGCUUGUGACAAAUUGGCUGUGUUGUUUACAAAGUCUGUCCAAUUUAUGCUUUUUUGUCAGAUGUAAUGCUGUUGUAAUAAACUAAGAAAAACCA